CAGAAAAUUGUUCGCACUCGCACGUGGACGCUCGAUCGUGUCGUGCGUGUUGUUUGUUGUACCUACUAGAUACAAUAGUAAGCGGCCCUAGUUCGUCUGUCCGUGUUUAAAAAACUGAGCGAAACCGAAGCCGAUAAGAAACACGAUUUAUAAUCUACAAGGACCGUUGCAAUACAUACUAGUAUAAUUAUUAUUUACGAACGUAAAUAUUGUUGUUGAAUCGUGAUCUUGAAACCCCGUGCGUCUUCGAUAUCCGGCCUCGAUUGUUGAGUGUGUGGGGAUUACUGACUAUACUCAGCCCUGUGUUGUUUCCGUUUCUUGUUUCGUUUUUUUUUUUUUUGUUUUUUUUAUUUUCCAUACUCCGCCGAUUCUCUUUUACUUUCAUUUUCUACUUUGUCGUUUCGCUCUCUCGAAUUUGGCCGACUGUUUCGACUCGCAACUCGUCGAAGAAAAAGAAAUCAUUCCGCGCCACGUGCCCAAUUGUCUGUGAUAUUAAUAUACGCUAAGAAGAAGAGUAAAUAAAUAGAGAGAGAGAGACAGAUAAAGAGAAAAAAAAAACCAAAGACGGGGAGAUAUUUUUUGUGAGAUAAGUGUAAGAAAAAAACUUUCAAAAUUUUGAGUAUGUUGAUGCCGGGAGCAGCUGGCCUUGGUGCCGUUGGCGCUGUUGGCGCUCCGGGACCGGAAGAAUUGGUCUCGGGAUUGGGUGCAUUGGCGGCAGUAACGCCGCAGCAAAAAGACACGACAUGGACGAAGCUUUUCGUCGGAGGAUUGCCUUAUCACACCACCGACAAAAGCUUGAGGGAACAUUUCAAUGUUUACGGUGACAUAGAAGAAGCCGUCGUCAUCACCGACAGACAAACGGGGAAAAGCAGAGGUUACGGUUUUGUUAUAAUGGGAGACAGACCGGCGGCAGAACGAGCCUGCAAGGAUCCAAACCCCAUAAUCGACGGACGAAAAGCAAACGUGAACCUGGCGAUCCUCGGUGCCAAACCCAGGGGAAAUCUCCAAGCGACGUUUCCAUUUGCUGCUGGAAUUCGGGCAGGAUAUCCAACGGUUCUACCUGGCCAAUAUGGAGUCCCGCCUGGGUACGUUUACCAAUCACCUUACCUGACCGCCGCUGCACCCGGAGGGCUGGUACCUCUUCCUGCAACGCAGCUAAGCCACGCGGCCGCGGUUGCAGCAGCAUCUCAGUUCUAUGAGUACCAAAACGCGGCCGCGGCUGCGGCUUCCGCGGCAUCUUACCCCGGAACAUCGUAUAACUUCGCCGAGGCUUAUCCCUACACCAGCGCAGCUGCCGCAGCGAACGCCGCAGCCGCAAGCUACGUAACUCCUUACACCUAUGCAACCCUUCCUGGUGCCGGAGGACUUCCGGGCGCAGGAGCAACGGGAGCAGCGUUUCCGGGCUUGCCUUACCAGACGACACCGCAGGAGGCGCGACUCCAAUAGAAACUACUUUGUUCGCCAACAGCUCAAGAACUAUUUUAUAAAAUAAAAAAACGUCUCAAUUUUCAAA